UAUUUGAUCAGUUUAUCAGGCUCAAGUUUCGUUCACAGGAAAUAUUUUCUGAAAAACUUGGAGUAAUCUACUAGAGUUCCUAAUCAGCACAAGUUUGCCGAAAUACAUUGUAAGAGAGGAAUUUGUAAUAAACAAGAUACAUUUGCUUUAGCAACAAAAAUCCUUUAUGUUCAAAAUACAAAGAGCUAGAAAAGCACAUUGUUCGAACAUCAUUUAUAAUUAAAGUUUAGAUACAGAAUGGUACCAUACUGGAUUCCAGUAGUCGGAAUUAUUGGGGUUAUUAUAUGGAAAAUUAGCUCUCUAGCUAGAAGAUGGAUCAAAUUUGCAAUUUUCACUCUAGUUUGUUUUGCUACCUCUCUACUAAUUCCAAUAUGGAUAUUCAGACCCAGAGAUACCAGGAACCCAUUGAUACCUUCCAUGUACUUCAGAGCCCUUGGUAGGCUUUUUGGUAUGGAGUUCUCCAUAGAAGGUCAAGAAAAUAUAGUCCGAAAUAGCGGCAGUGUAGUUUUAAUCAAUCAUCAAAGUAUACUAGACUUAAUAGUAUUAUCUCACUUAUGGCCAGCGUUGCCAAAAUGUACAGUGAUAUCUAAAAAAGAAAUGCUGUACUAUCAACCGAUAGGUUUAUCAUUUUGGCUUUGUGGAGUCAUUUUCAUAAAUAGAACUAAACCUUCAGAAGCCCAAAGUACUGUCAAUAAAACUGGAGAGAUUAUUAGAAAACGGAAGGCGAGGGUGUUAAUGUUUCCAGAAGGAACAAGGAACUCAAGUUCGAAGCUAUUGCCUUUCAAAAAGGGAGCAUUUCACUUAGCUGUAGCCUCUCAGUGUCCUAUUCAACCCAUAGCUGUAUCGAGAUUUACAUUUUUAGAAAAUAAUAAAUUCGAAAGAGGUAAAAUAAAAAUAAGAAUUUUACCAGCCAUUCCGACUGAGGGGUGUACAACUGGCGACGUUACUAGAUUGAGCGAAGAAACUUACAAGAUUCUUUCUGAACACGUAGAUCAAAUUUCAAAUCCGACGAAUUCAUAAAAGAAACAUAUUUUUUCUUUAGAAAUAAUUCUUAUUGCUACUAUUUUUACCUACUUAGUAUUUAUUGUACUUAUAACUUUAGUUUUUUAAUAUUUUUGUUAAGAUUAC